AUGCUGGGCAGACAAGGUAGCCAAGCCUCACACUGGUACCAUGAUUCCUGUCCUAACACCCCUCAGCCGGGCGCAGAUAUCGGCCAGGCUGGUGCAGUCAGCACCAAACAAACUGGCAGCCAAAAUGGCGAGUGGACGGGGGAACUUGGAUGCCACAUGUACUUGUGUUGGCUUGCUGGCUUCUGUACAUGCGAAUACACGUUUUCGGAUGCAUAA